AUGCGUUUCUUCUCCGCCGCCGCUGCCGUCCUGGCCUUCGCUGCCUCUGCUUUUGCGCAGACUGCCGACUUCGACCCCAUCUACGCUCCUCUUGAGGGUACCGUCGUCCCGGCCGGCCAGCCCUUCAAGAUCACCUGGUCCGCUCCCGCCAAGUACCAGUCCGGUACCAUCAGCAUCUCCCUGAUCGGUGGUGCUGAUGCCAACACCCUCGUCCCCAUUGGCACCAUCGCCACCGGUGUCCAGAACUCUGCUCUGUCUUACACCUGGAACGUCGAUGCCGCUCUCGGUGACAAGGCCGCCUACGGUCUGGUCUUCAGGUGGGAGGCUGACACCUCCAUCUUCCAGUACUCCCAGCGCUUCGCCAUCAAGGCUGCUGCCGGUGUCUCCUCCUCUGCCGUCGCCUCUGUCACUGCCUCUGCUUCCGUCCCCGUUGUCACUGCCUCCGGCGUCAAGACCGUCACCCUGACCUCUUGCCCUCCUGAUGCUGUCACCUCUUCCGCUGCUGCUGGCAACGGCACUGCUAGCUGGACCACCAAGAUCUCCAACUCCACUGUUGUUCCUACCUACAAGCCCACUGGUGCUCUCCCCACCACCACCAAGGGCAGCGUCCCCACUGGCUCUUCCGCCCCUAUCCCCACUGCCGCCGCUCCUCACGUUGGUGCCGGUAUCGUCGCCGUCUUCGGUGGUGUUGCCGCUGCUCUCCUUCUGUAA